AUGUCUGACAGCCAACUGCCAAGACAAUUACUAUACGGAGAACUGUGUCAGGGCAAGCGCUCAGUCAGUUGGCAGAAGAAACGUUUCAAAUACUCGCUCAAAGUGUCCCUGAAGGACCUAGAUAUCAACAUCAGCAGCUGGGAGACACUCCCUCUUGACCGCCCAACCUGGCGAAGCAGAAUCACCACAGGCGCCCGCGCAGCAGAAAAGAGACGCACCAAAGAAGGACAGGAAACGCAUGGCACGCAAAUCUCGAGCUGCCUCCACCCCCACGGAAGUAUCCACCCACACUUGUCACAUAUGCGGACGAGCCUUCCGGGCCAGGAUUGGCCUCUACAGCCAUCUUCGGGCCGACAGUCGUCACAAACCCUCCACCCAACGCUAACUGGAAGUCUUGGUCAUCUUCGAUACGAAGGACAAACAACAAACAACAUGUCCCAGAAACUCUCCAGCCUGACUGCCCGCAGUCCUUGGUCCCGCUUCUCCCUCACCGACACUGUCACCAACCUAUCUUCCCUGUCCUUGACCCCCCACCAGCUACAACUCCUUGGCUUCGGUCUUUCCUUCGCUCUCCGCCCUCACCCCCUUACCUCCAUCAACAUUAUUUCCUCCUUUGACCGUUUCAUCUCUUCUCACAGGAACUCUUUGCCUGAUGUCUCUCUCCUUCGUGGUGCUUUCAUCCCGGCCCUCGAAUCUCUCCUCCAUCCUAACCCUUCCAUUCCCAGGCGUUACCGUGAGGCCCUUCAAAGCCUGCGCAGGGAGGAUGUCACUAUUCUGCCUUCUGACAAGGGCAACUCGGUGGUGGUCCUCGACCGUGCCUCUUACCUGCAGAAGGCCCAGGACCUAUUGGAUAACGCCUCUACUUAUGCUUCCCUGGCCAGUGACCCCCGUGAACGCAUUGCUGCUACCUUCCACUGUCGCCUGAAAGAGGCGAAUCUAUACCAGAGGUUCAGAGUCAUCAACCCUCGACUCCCUCAUUUCUAUGGGCUUCCUAAAACCCAUAAGCCGGCCGUGCCUCUGCGCCCCAUCAUCUCCUCCCGGGGCUCUGUGACGCACCCUCUGCUGGUGAAGUGUCUCACUCCCUUUCUUGGCACCUUCUCUCCUGCUCACCUGCGCCACUCUCAGGACUUCAUCUCCCGCGUGCGUGGAGUAUCACCGGCGACCAUGAUGAGCUUGGACGUUGACUCCCUGUUCACCAAGGUCCCGCUUGAUGAUGUCCUUGCUUUCCUCCAGAGGAGACUCCCCGCAGAGGAUCCUCGUCUCCCUCUGCCCACCGACGUCUUCCCCCAGCUGAUUCGUCUGUGUGUGGAGUCUAAUUCCUUUUCUUUCGAAGGUCACUUCUACUCUCAGACGUUCGGUGUUGCCAUGGGCUCUCCCCUCUCUCCAGUCCUGGCAAACCUGUUCAUGGAAUUCUUCGAGUUUGAGCUUCUCCCUUCCAUCUCCCUUCGGCCUUCGAUCUGGCUAAGGUAUGUCGACGACGUCUUUGCUCUCUGGCCUCAUGACCCUGCUCUGUUCCCGGGUUUCCUGAUGCAGCUGAACUCUCUCUCUCCUUCCAUCCGUUUCAAGGUGGAAUGGGAGGUUGACAACAAGCUCCCUUUCUUGGACACCCUAGUCCAUCGCUCUGCUGACCACUUCUCCUUCUCCAUAUACAGGAAACCCAUGCAUAGUGGUAUGUACAUAUAUUUCUUUUCAUACCACCCUCUCCAUGUGAAGAGAGAUGUUGCCACCUCGCUGUUCCUUCGCGCCCUUAGCAUCUGUGACCCCCAGUACCUGGAUGGAGAGAUCGUCUUCCUUCGUCGCUCGUUCUCCAAACUGGGCUACCCUGGUCAUGUUCUCGGCGCCGCGUUAUCCAGGGCACGGCGUACCUUCUACCACGACUCUCCUCCUAAAGAGACUCCUCACCUGCCCGUCCUCAGCCUGCCCUACACUGAGGAAAUCUACUCUCUCCGUCGCCCUCUUCACCCUCUCCACUGCAGGCUGAUCUUUCGCCAGGUGAACACUCUCCGUCGCAUGGUCCAUACUAGCCCUCCUUCCUCCUCGAAGGUGGGCACCUAUGCUGUUCCUUGUGCCUCCUGUAAUAAGCAGUACUUUGGCGAAACAGGCGCCAGUCUUACCAAGCAUCUGUCUUAGCAUAAGUACGCUAUAUCCAGGAGACACAAAAAUAACGCCCUCUUUUGCCAUCAGUGGGACACUGGCCAUCAGAUGGACUGGUCAGCAGCGCGGAUUGUCUUUCCUUCCGCUGAUGUCCACUCCCGCAGACUGGUGGAAUCUUCCCUUACAAAGCUGUUGCCUAAUUUCAACUUGAACAGCGGCUUUUCUCCUGCUGAUAGUCUCCUCGCUUCCCAUAUUCUCCGCCUUCUACCGUAUGCCGGCCACCCGGCGCAUAGUCCGCCCGAUCCUCCGACCUGA